GUGCGGUCAAUCCCUGAAGAUGGCGGGCACCGGGAGGCUGGCGACGCGGUUGUUUUCCGGGUGCGGCUGGGUGCGCGGCUCGGACUCUGCCGUGCUGAGCCGCCUGCGUGAUGAGGCCGUAGUGCAUCCCGGCUUCCUUAGCCAGGAGGAGGAAGACACGCUGACACGCGAACUGGAGCCCCAGCUGCGGCGCCGGCGCUACGAGUACGACCACUGGGACGCGGCCAUCCACGGCUUCAGGGAGACAGAGAAGUCCUGCUGGUCUGAUGCAAGCCAGGCCAUCCUGCAGCGGGUCCGGGCGGCUGCCUUUGGUCCUGACCAGACCCUGCUAUCCCCCGUCCAUGUAUUGGACCUGGAACAUCGGGGCUACAUCAAGCCUCACGUUGACAGUGUCAAGUUCUGUGGAUCUACCAUCGCUGGCCUUUCCCUGUUGUCUCCAAGUGUUAUGAAGCUGGUGCAUACACAGGAACCUGAGCAGUGGCUAGAACUGUUGCUGGAACCAGGUUCUCUCUAUAUCCUAAGGGGUUCAGCCCGAUAUGACUUUUCCCAUGAGAUCCUUAGAGAUGAAGAAUCAUUUUUUGGGGAGCACCGGGUCCCCCGGGGCCGACGCAUCUCAGUGAUUUGCCGCUCCCUCCCUGAAGGGAUGGGGCCAGGAAGGCCAGAAGAGCCACCUCCAGCCUGUUGACCUGUCCACAUAGCCUCUGGACUUGUGAAUAAAGUAGGCAAAAUGCUAUCAUGGGAAUCUUCCAAUUACCGUCUGCUGGGGCUGAGGCCCUUAAGAGAAGAUCAAGGUCUCAGGAGCCACAUGGCAUGGUGGCUGCCAGGGUGCACCCCAUCACACACACUCUUAUGCCCACGAGAAUAUUAUUUAUUGCAUUCACUGCUGAUAAGAAAACAAACAAGCAAACAAACAAA